AUGAUUAGUGAGCCUUCUAGCACGGAAAACACGCAACCUGACAGCAGCACUCUCACUCUCCAAUUUCGAACCUCUGGCGCUCUUCUCGACCCCAAAUCGCCUCGACAACCUCCUUUUUCCACACCCCUCUUGUCCCACCCCUUUCCAUCUUCUCUCUUUCCAUUUCCCCUACACAUGCCCAAAGAACCCCCCCAGAGCUGUUCACAAAAACAUAUAGCCUGUUCGUCGUGUCGUCAACGCAAGUUGAAAUGCGAUGGCAACAGUCCCUGCGAACACUGCACCCGAUUACAGCGAGACUGCGUCUACUCGACCGUGGUGCUCAAAAGUGGCCCGCGAAAGGGCUUUCUCAAGCAGAUUGAGAGCCGCCUCGACGUGCUCGAGUCCAAAAGCGUCGACAUGGCCUCGUUCGACCCGUCCCAGCUGUCGCACGACCAAGUCUUGGCCCUAGUCAAGCGUCUGCAAGAGAUUUCGCCCAUUCAACAGCCUGUCUACUCCAGCCGAACACCGCCACCGGUCACCCCAGAGGAGCACUUCAGCGACCUUGUCUUUGAGCAGAUGUUUGAGACCAAGCCGCAAAAUAUCGACCCCACGUUUGUGUUCGUGUCGCCAGGUACAUAUCGACAGCUCCUCAAGCCCGGAAACGCCCAAUACCAUCUCAAAUAUGCACUGGCCCUGUUGGCCACCGUGACGCCACAGUUUGCUCAUCUGGAGACGGAGACUUACAGCCGAGCCCUGUCGCACCUGGCCCAGGUCGAGUCACAACCUCACACUCCCCCAGAUAUUCCGUAUCUUCAGGCUUUGGUGGCCAUCUGGCUGUAUGAACACCACAAGAGCAAAUACCGCGAGUCAUGGACCACGGCUGGAAAGGCCACUCGAACGGCCGUGGCCAUGCGUCUGCAUCUUCUAGACAGUGACCCCAGCACGCUCACAGACUUGUCCGAGCCGCGACGUGUUUUCUGGGCCGUCUUCUCAAUCGACAGAUACCAGAUCAUAGCCACAUCCUGGCCCAAGGUGUUUGCCAUUGAGCAAGUGACCACCAAGUUCCCGGUAUCCACAGACUCCUUUCUCAAAGAGUAUAGCGAGCCGGCAUUUGAUUUUACCACCUGUAUCGAGGACCAUGAAAUGUUUGGUAUGCAUCAUUUCAUCGACGACGUCUACUGCUUCACCCUCAUUUGGGUGAUUGUCUGUGGACGUAUUUUCGACAUGCCCGACAAGCUCAUCAUGCUGCAAAUCAGCGCCCGUGCCUCCAAGGUCUAUGGCUCCAGCAACCCUUCUUCCAAUUCACAUUUCGACAUCUGGUGGGCCUGCUACCAGUCCUUCAAGCACUGCUUUGCGGUGGCCGAGGCGAAGCUUGCCGAUCUGGACCACCAGAGUCCAAACGUCAUGUACUGCCGACUUUUGGUGAAGGCCGUAGACACCUGUCUGGUUCGAAGGGCGAUCAAGACUUGUCUUGCCAACAACAGGCCCGUUCAAGAGCUUCAACAAAACAAGUACAAGCUUGCGUGUCAGUCAUACCAGCUUCUCAGACAAGUCAACGCGCUCAACUACUCGCCACGGAUCACGUCGUUCAUUGUCUUCAACAUUGUUCAGGUACUUCUGAGCCAUCUGCGACAUCAACAGACUCUGGACCCCCAAGUUAUUGACGCCAUCAACUGGUGCCUGCGGUUCCGCAAGGACGAGAACAGCAUGUUUUCUUUUGAUUUCGACGUGACCCAGAUCUGUGACGACUUUAACCAGGAGAUGGUGAACAAAGGCCUCUCACCACCCCUACUGCUUACUAACCACUCUGUUCCUGCCUCUCCCGUGUCGAAUCUGAGUCUCAGCCCCCAGCAGGAGUUCUACACGUACGACGUCAAGACAGACAUGCCCUUCCCCAUCCUGGACGUGGCCAACAUUGUGCCCCCUCUUCCGUUUGCCGAGCAGGAGGUGUUUCCUCUGAAUCCCGGAAACCAGGAGCGAUUCUACCUGUAG